AUGUCAAUGGAUACCAGUAGAUCUAACAAUGAGGGACUGAAAUUGAGAGAGGAGAAACAUUUCAACGACUUCUACCCAGAUCUGAAAGAGGAUGUGUCACUUCCUAUAAUAAUAACAAAUGAAUCAAUCACUGAUGAUCUCAUAGAACCAACACCUGUGAGGAAACAACAUGUUAAGCAACUGAUAUAUGACGGGCAUAUUACAGUAGAACCACUUCAAAGUGCUGGUAAAACUGCUGAGUUUCACAAAUGCUCCAUACCCAUCAACAGACUGGAUUCGAUGAAAGGACGCAACUCUUCUGAUAUACCUAUACUUUUACAACCGUCUUACCAUCAUAAGAAGAUAAAAGAUCCUAAUGAACAGUUUUCUGGAGAAAAAAGUCCUUAUAUAACCAAAUACCAGCAAUGUAAAAGGCCGUUCCUGGAAGAACAAUUGAAGACCUUGGCCUCAUUACGACGGAUCUCAUCAAAUUUGAAAAAUAUUCGACCGGAGUAUGAUAUGGAUGAACAGGAUGAAUUGUACAGACAAUUUUUGAACGAAACAUAUCUUUUGAAAAGUCAAUUAAAAAUAUCGCACGAGCUCUUUGAACUGAUAAUAUCUGUCCUCGAAACAGAAUGGUUCCACUUAGAGUCACAUAUUCCAAGAUUAUCCUACACUGAUCCAAACAGCACCAUCACUACUAGAUUGCAAUACGAAUUGUAUGGCUCAGACGAUGGUACAUGUGUCUCUACAGAUCAACCUUGUGCCAUAUGUUAUGGAACAGAAAGUGAUGAUACCAAUGCCAUCGUAUUUUGCGAGGGCUGCGACAUUGCCGUCCAUCAAGAAUGUUAUGGUAUUGUCUUCAUUCCGGUUGGUCCUUGGCUGUGUAGAAGAUGUCAUUUAGCUACCAAUUACAAAAUUAAUUGUUUAGUCUGUCCGAGUGACACAGGUGCAUUUAAACAAACCGACACUGGAGUUUGGAUUCACAGUAUAUGCGCCCUUUGGAUACCAGAAUUAUAUUUCGCCAAUUUACAUUAUAUGGAACCUAUUGAAGGUGUAGCAAACAUAUCAAAAUCCCGAUGGAAAUUAGUCUGCUAUAUUUGUAAGAGGAAGAUGGGUGCAUGUAUUCAAUGUACUCAUAGAAACUGCUUUGUCGCCUAUCAUGUUACGUGUGCCAGACGUGCAGGAUUAUAUCUUAAAUGGGAUAAAGAUUUAACUGUUGGUGCCGUUGCGUCAAAUCAAGUCCAUCUAGGAAACAAAUUACAUAGUUUCUGUGAUAAACAUUCUCCUAUAGACCAUAAUAAUCCUGCACAAGGAAUAUUGAAAGCAAGAAGAUUCUUUAAUAAUAAGAAGAACUCGUAUUCAGAUGAAUCCGCACAGAAUUCAAUUACACAUCAUCCAACACCGAUAAAUGAGCGAAACUGGACAACCACUAUCGGUACACCCAUUGCACCUCAAAAAUUUGCAAACAUAAUAGACAAAAUCCUUCGAUUAUUUAAUAUUCAGGAAUCUACCAUACUCUCCAAUAAUUUUUGCAAAUAUUGGUCGAUGAAACGAGAGUUCAAAAAAGGGAUGCCUUUAAUUAAUAAACCUGUAAUCACGCAAUUAAAUUCUUUAACCUCAAAGGAAAUUGAUGAACGAACAAAAUUUAUAAAAAUACUGUUAAACGAUUUACAAAGAGUCAAAGUACUAGGUGGGUUAGUUUCAAAAAGGACAGAUGCUUCGAUUCAGAUUGAAAACUCUAAGCAUGAAAUCAAAUCCAUUUUACAAGAUCCGGAGAAAGCAUUUAUGAAGAUUACAAUAAUAGACCCAAUAACUGAGACGGAGUUUUAUAAAAGCUUCAAGAGACUAAAUACAACUGAAAGGGGAAUUAACUUAAUAGAUAAAUUUGAGAAUAAUACUUUUCCAGAUCUGAAAACUAUGAAGGAAUCGAUGCUUACCUUUUUUCAAUCAAUUGAAGAUGAUGAUUCAAGCAAUAGAGCACUGCGAGUAAGUUCAAGUAAACUAAAAGACCAUUUAACUGUCAUCUUUGAAAAAGUUGAAGCAGUAGACAUAAAAAUGUUAUUAAAUGAAGAUUUUAUAAUAACUGAUGACAUUUUGAAAACAGAAAUUCGACCAUGGAAAGGUCCUGUGAUAAUGGAAAGAGAGCAAUUAAGUGAUGUUGAGAACUUGGAGGAAUCUGAUGAAAAUACUCUGAGUAAUAUUCUCUCUGUGGAGGGUACCGAUGAGCAUAAGGACAACUUUCAACAAGAAAUAGAGCAGACACAUGUUCCACCGAAAAGAAGGAGGGGAAGACCACCAAAGAAACAUAUUAUUGAGACCUACAAGAGGGGUGAGAUUUUGGACUCAUCAGAAGUUGGCCAAGAAACAUCUAAGCUACGGCUAUCAACUCUUCGAGGAAGCAAAGACGAAGGCAAGAUGCGCCAUCGCACUAAGACCCCAAUACAAAGAGGAACUGCUGCUUCACAUUUGCAGUCCCCAAAACAGAUAACAAAACCUACUCUUAGAGGUAGAAAACCUGGCAGGAAGAUCAAUAUUGAUGCAGUUGAAUCCCAAACCCAAACAUAUACAGGUGCUCGUAGAGGAAGGCGACCAAAGCCAAAGAUAGGCUCAGAUAUUAACAACCAGGCAUAUACUCUUUCAGAACCUCAUAAGAAUAACGGAGAUACUCGUAGAGGAAUGAGAUCAACUCGAAAGGAAAACUCAAAUUUUACAGAUCAAGCACAGAGUUCAUUGAAACCUCAAUCACAAACAUACAAGCGUAGUGAUAAGGGAAGAAGGCGAAGAGUUUUCUCAACUACAGGUGCCCAAACAGAAAACCCUUCACAAUCUCAACUAUUAGCAUUCAAGGGUGCCAAUAUGAAAAGGGUAUUGAGAAAAAAGACGAGCUCUACUGAUAAUAAUCAUCCCAUGGGAUUAUCUUCACCCCGCCCUGUUCGAAUCUAUAAGGGUGCCCGACGGGGCAGGAAAUCAAAGCGAAAAUAUCCAUAA